AUAAUGGGAAGGGGACGAAGAAGAGAAUAAACCCUAGCGAGAGAGCGUGGGAGGGAUCGUCAAAACCCUGACCACGAAGAAGACGAAGAAGAAGAGCUAAACCCUAGAGAGAGAAAGAGAGAGGAGGAGAAGAUGAGGUAGUAGUAAACCCUAGAUUCGAUGCCAGGGAGAGGCUCUGUGGCUCUGUGAUUCGUGGGGGCUUCGAGCGAGCUAUUGAGGGAGAGGGUGAGGUGGGGGAGAGGAGGGGGUUGUUAAUGGCGACGAACAAGAGCGGGGUGGGGUGCGAAGCUGCGGUGGGGUCUCUAACGGCGUCGAAGAAGCGGGAGUACAAGGUGAGCAAUCGCCUCCACGAGGGGAAGCGGCCCCUCUACGCCAUCGCCUUCAACUUCAUCGACGCCCGGUACUACGACGUCUUCGCCACCGUCGGCGGAAACCGCGUGACCAUUUAUCGGUGCCUGGAAGGGGGUCUCAUUGCUGUCCUGCAAGCGUAUGUAGAUGAAGAUAAGGAUGAGUCGUUCUAUACCUUGAGCUGGGCAUGCGAUGUUGAUGGGACUCCGUUGUUGGUGGCUGGUGGAAGCAAUGGAAUCAUUCGCGUCAUAAAUGCUGGUACUGAGAAGAUACACAAGAGCUUCGUUGGCCAUGGGGACUCGAUUAAUGAAAUUAGAACUCAAGCAUUGAAACCUUCACUUGUUUUGUCUGCAAGCAAGGAUGAAUCUGUUAGGCUAUGGAAUGUGCACACAGGAAUUUGUAUACUGAUUUUCGCUGGAGCAGGAGGUCAUCGUAAUGAAGUUUUGAGUGUUGACUUUCAUCCCUCUGACAUAUACCGCAUAGCAAGUUGUGGAAUGGAUAAUACUGUUAAGAUUUGGUCCAUGAAAGAAUUUUGGACGUAUGUUGAGAGGUCUUUUACAUGGACUGAUCUUCCAUCAAAAUUUCCGACGAAAUAUGUUCAGUUUCCGGUCUUUAUUGCUUCGGUCCACACUAACUAUGUUGACUGCACUAGGUGGCUUGGCGAUUUUGUCUUGUCAAAGAGUGUUGACAAUGAAAUUGUCUUGUGGGAACCAAAGACGAAGGAACAAAGUCCUGGUGAGGGUGCUGUCGAUAUUCUUCAGAAGUAUCCUGUGCCGGAGUGUGAUAUCUGGUUCAUCAAGUUUUCAUGCGAUUUUCACUAUAAUGCUGUUGCAAUAGGGAACCGUGAAGGAAAGAUUUAUGUUUGGGAGCUUCAAUCUAGCCCACCUGUCCUUAUAGCCAGGCUAGCUCAUGCUCAAUGCAAGUCUCCCAUAAGGCAGACGGCCAUGUCUUUCGACGGAAGCACCAUCCUCAGCUGCUGCGAGGACGGCUCUAUAUGGCGGUGGGAUGCAGUUCCGUGAACACGACUUUCUCAACAUAUGUGAGUCUCACAAAAGCGACCAAUAUGGUUUUACUUUGACUAAAAGCUUUUCGUUAGGUUCCGGUGCCGUCGUUGAUCACCCGUGCAAGUGACGAUGCACGGUCCUCUAUUAUCGAUUUGUACAAGCAAUAGCGACCGUAAAUGCUUUACUGCAAAUUACAUGUAAUAUUUCUUAUGAAAUCCUCCAUGGAGGAGAGUGGCUCUUUUAAAUGUUGUCUAUGUAAUUAUGAAAAAGGUAUUUGCAAUGCGCCGCUCUCUGAGCCAAAGUGUUUGAGUAAGAAGUACAGAGAUUAAGGCUUUAUUUGGGAUUGCGGAGAGAUUGUAUUACGUGCAGUGAGAAAGUACGAUAAAAAAAUAUUUUGUUUGUUUCA